UCGGCAGUGGCUGCACGCCGCUUUCAGGGUGAAGAUGGUUGGCACUCCGUGUGCUCGCAAGUUGGCUCGCCGCUCCCGGUCGGCGUUAAUAGCCGCCCUUACGGUGCUACUGGUCCAGACACUUAUCGUAUGGAACUUCAGCAGCCUGGACUCCGGCGAAGACGGGGACAACGGCGGCAACGGCAGAGAGAAGAGGGACCGAAUCGGUAUCAACAAAGCCUAUAGCGAGUAUUCGAGAAGCGGCUUCCAGAGACGGCAUCACCAGCCUCCGCUGGGGAGAGCAGCUAUUCGACACAAACAGCAGCCGGAUGGCUACUACUCCCACCGGCCCAAGGAGAAAGUGCGCAUCGACAGCAACAACGAGAACUCUGUGCCCAAGGACUUCGAGAACAUAGACAACAGCAACUUCGGGGCACGCUCGCAGACGCCCCGCCCUGCGCCGGCCAAGCGCAAGCAGGAGUUGCUGGAGAGGGCCCACGCGCAGAGGACGCCCCCCCGGGGCUCCGACGAGGCCGCCCGGGACGCCCCACCUGGCGGGGGGAGCCCUGACCGCGCCCGCCCCGGUUCUGGCCCCACCCCCCAGCCGCCUCCCGCCCCCGACAUCAAGUACGACCAGCCACCCAAGUGCGAGAUCACGGGCAAGGAGGCCAUCUCCGCGCUGUCCCGCGCCAAGACCAAGGAGUGCCGGCAGCAGAUCGCCGAGGUGUACUGCCGACACAAGGAGAAGCAGCUCAUGCCCGAGAAGGUCACUCGCUACUGCCCCCUAGAGGGUAAAGCGAACAUGAACUUGCACUGGGAGGAGGACUCUAUGGAGACGGUGCCAGCUGUACCCGUGCGGAUUGCGUUCGUGUUGGUGGUCCACGGGCGAGCCUCACGCCAGGUGCAGCGGCUCUUCAAGGCCAUUUACCACACAUCACACUUCUACUACAUCCAUGUGGACCAGCGCUCAAACUACCUCCACAGGCAGAUGGUGGCGUUGGCCAGCCAAUACCCGAACGUGCGUGUCACCCCCUGGCGCAUGUCUACGAUCUGGGGCGGCGCCAGCCUGCUGAGCAUGUACCUGCAGAGCAUGCAGGACCUGCUGGCCACGGCCGACUGGCCCUGGGACUUCUUCAUCAACCUGAGCGCCGCUGACUACCCCAUCAGGACCAACGAUCAGCUGGUGGCCUUCCUGUCCAAGUACCGCAACAUGAACUUCAUCAAGUCCCACGGCCGGGACAAUGCCCGGUUCAUCAGAAAGCAGGGCCUGGACCGGCUGUUCUUCGAGUGUGACACGCACAUGUGGCGCCUAGGCGACAGGAAAAUCCCGGAGGGCGUGGCCGUGGACGGCGGCUCCGAUUGGUUCCUGCUGAGCCGAGCCUUCGUGGACUACGUGGUGAACUCACGUGACGACCUGGUGACCAGCAUGAAGCGCUUCUAUGCCUACACGCUCCUGCCGGCCGAGUCUUUCUUCCACACUGUGUUGGAGAACAGCCCUCACUGCGAGACCAUGGUGGACAACAACCUGCGUAUCACCAACUGGAACCGGAAGCUGGGCUGCAAGUGCCAGUACAAGCACAUCGUGGACUGGUGCGGCUGCUCGCCCAACGACUUCAAGCCCUCUGACCUGCCACGCUUCCAGCAGACGGCCAGGCCCACGUUCUUCGCGCGCAAGUUCGAGGCCAGUGUCAACCAGGAGAUCCUCAACCAGCUGGACGCGUUCCUGUUCGGUGCGCCUCCGCCCUCCACGCCGGGCCUGGCGGCCUACUGGGAGAGCGCGUUCGACGAAGCCGAUGGCGUACGCAGCCUAAGCGACGCCCAGCUCACCCACUACCACGCCUUCGCCCGCCUCGGCCUGGCGCACGCUGCCAGCUCCCUGCAGGGCGACCCCGCCGACACUCGCUGCAGGUACUUUGCCAUGGGGCAUCCUGCGUCUGUCCAUAUCUACUUCUUGUCGGAUGAGUUCCAGGGCUACCUGGUCAAGCACCAUGCCACCAACCUGGCCACCAACAAGCUGGAGACCCUGGAGACCUGGCUCACACCCAAGAAGUUCUUCAAGUUCACCAACCCACCGAACAGCUUCACCCGUCUGCAGUUCACCGAGAUCGGGACAGACUGGGAUGCCAAGGAGAGAAUCUUUCGGAACUUCGGGAAUCUUAUGAGUCCGAGCGACGAGCCCGUGGGCAUGCAGAAGUGGGGCAAGGGCCUCAACGUGACCGUGACGGUGGUGUGGAUCGACCCCACCAACGUCAUUGCUGCCACCUACGACAUCCUGAUCGACGCCGGGGCGGAGUUCACCCAUUACCGGCCCCCGCUGAACCUGCCCCUGCGGCCCGGCAUGUGGACGGUGCGCGUCCUGCACCACUGGAGUCCCGUCGCCGAGACGCGGUUCCUCAUCACCCCCCUCACGCACCACAAACACCUGCCCAUCCGCCAAGAGGACGCAUUGAAACUGCACAAUGGCCCGGCCAAGAACAGCUACAUGGAGCAGAGCUUCCACGGCCUCAACCCCAUCCUGAACAUCCCCGUGCACCUGGGCCAGGUGGAGGCGGCCGAGCACAACGCCGGCCUGACGGGGGCACCGCUGGAGCGCUGGGUGGACGGCCUGGUGUCCGAGGUGUGGGCGGCGGCGGACGUGUGCUCAGCGACGCCCAGCGGCUGCCCAGUCAUGCAGUCUUGCCGGGAAACGGCAUGGAGCUCGCUCAGCCCCGACCCCAAGUCCCAGCUGGGUCCGCCCAGAGCCGACGGGCGGAUCAGGUAGCGGGGCCCGGCCCCCUCCCACCCCCCCACCCCCAUGCGCCGCCGUCACUGUGGCGACGUCAUCAUCAAAUUUUGCCUUUUAUCCUUUUCUCUGUCGUGGCUUGCGCGAGCCUGAGCUUCGCAGGGCGCAGACACCUACACUGAGAAGUUUUUGCAGAUCUUUUGGAAGCGCUGCGUCUGGCUGUCUCCAGCUCUGGACAUUCCACUUGUAGCCAUGUGAGUGCGAGUCAAGCACUUCUCUAUUUAUUUAGGUUGGAGAACUGAAAAUAACUGACUGUACGUUUGCUAAACUUGUUCAGACGAGAAUGAGAAUGCCUUUAUGCAGGCUUCACUACAGGAAGCUAAAGUCAUUGAGGUCAUCACAAGCACAGAAACGUCCUAAACGUUGGUAGAGUGACCAAAAUACAUUUACAGUAAAAUUGUCUAUGGCAACAGAAAAAUACACACACACACACACACACACACAC